AUGGAGAAGUCUUAUGCAAAAGAAACAGAAAAUCUAAAGAAAUCGCUUGCAAAUCAUUUAGCAUAGUUUGAAAAAAGUAAUGAGUGGGCAGAUUCAAGUAACUGGUUAAUUAAAGCUGCAUAAAUUUUAGAUGAAAACAAAACACCUCAUAUUCCUCACAAGGAAAUUUUUGCUAAAAGGCUUGCUCAAUGCCUUUAUCCCUCAUUACCUUCUAAAGUGCAUGGAUUAGCAUUGACAACUUAUGAUAAGAUUUUUUAAAAUUUAAAGCUUUUAAAGUUAGGUGGUGAUAACAAAAAAUAUGUUAAUCAGCUCUCAUCUGAUUUAGCCUUAUAUGCUAUUGGCCUCUUUCCCUUCUUUCAAUUUGCUUCUUUGCAAAUUAAACCAUAAUUUUUGAAGCUUAUUUAAGAUUACAUUACUGAGCUGCAAGUAUAACUCAUUCCUUGCCUUCCUGGGCUUAUUGCUUGCGUUUUACCAGGAUUAGAAGAUAACGAUGAAUCAGUAUAAAGAUAAACUAUAAAAUUAUUAGACACAGUUUAAGAGGGAGUUGGCUAAAAAUAUUUUUUUGCAGCUUUAUGGAUGACUAUUCUAAGAAUUCCUAGAAUAAGGAUAGGUGGAUUCAAGUAUUUAAAUAAGAAAACUAAGCCUUUUAAGCAGAUAGAAGCUGAAUAAAUUGAUUAUGAAUUUUAGAAUUUUGAAUAAAAAAGCGAGGAUUCAUUAUAUGGAGAUAGCAAAUAAAGUAACAGCAAUAACUCCUUAAGAAUUAAAAAAAAUUCUGAAUAUAGUAUAAAAGAUGAGAAUAUUAAUUUUACUGGUCAGCAAAGUUUUGAUUAAGAGGUUGAAGGAGAAAUAAGGAUUUCUUAUGACCACUUUUAGGAUCCAAUAGCUUAGCUUUAAGUCUAACUAAUGAAACAAAUAAAUGCCAUAAAAGACUUAAAGAGUGAAGAGAAUUUCUAUCCUAAUAAAUCAAAUUUAAUUAUUAAUGCUUUACUAAGUGUUUUAUAAGAUGAAAAUAUAUUAACUCGUAAGUUCGGAUUAGAUUACAUUACCUCACAUUUUCCAAUUGAAGAAGACAUACUCUCUGACACAGAUAAGCAGCUUUUAGUUUAGCAAUGUCUGUAUUAAUUUCAUUUAAAUGAGUUCACUGUCAUGAGAAAAAUUAACAUUUGGCUCUUUGGUCCUCCUGACAAUGACAAUAAAUUCAGUGUAUAAGAUGAUGAAAGAGGGAUUAAACUGUUAAAAUUCAUUAAAAAAUCCAUAGUUAAUUUGUUCUCACUGCCUUUAAUUGAUAAAAAUAUUCCCUUGAAGGUUCUGUAAAAUUUUUACAGAGAACAUGAUCACUUGAUAGAACUUACUUUAGAUGAGAUUGCUUUUGAGAUGAUAAAGUUUAUGUUUAACGUUAAAGAAGACUAAAAUUUGUUCCUCUCUACUUAGCGUCUUCUUCAAAGUAUUUCUAACCACAUGGACUUGGUAUUCAAGUAGCUGAGUUUAAAGUUAUCAGAAGCAAUGGAUCAAAGAAAUGAGACAAAUGCAUUGCAAUCAAUUGAAUUGAUUGAAUUUACAAUUUCUAUGUAGCAUAAUGAUAUUUCUGAAGAAAAUCAAAUAGAUUACUCAUAGAUUAGCGAAAGUUUUCAACCUAUAAUAUAAUAAAUUUUGUAAACUUUUGUUAAGAUUGGACCUAAAACUAUAACUAAAACAACCUACAGAGGUCCUGCCUUACAUUUAGUUUUAGAACUUCUAAAAUAGCUUACAAAUAAUAAUGUGUCUGUGACUUUGUCAGAGUAGCAUAAAGAGAAUAUUGUUAAGUUUAGUGAUUAUUAUUGCGAAUAUGUUUCAUAUAUUUUGUAAACGGAUGAUGAUUUUGGUAUUUUAGACUAUUCUUCCAAAAUUCUGCUUUCUCUAAAUAAAAUAAUGGCUAUUCACUCUGAAAAAUAAGAAAAAACAUUGAUUCCUAAUUGGCUAGCUUCUCUAAUAUCAUGCCUUAAUUCUAAAUCUACAAGAAUUCUCUAUUUUUCUGUUAUAAAUCUUUAUGAUUUGUUAGAAAAUCCAAACGAAUUUAGAGGAUAUAUCAGCAAAAAUGAGGAGACCCUCUUAAAGAUUCUCCAUUGUUUAUACUAUAUAUUAGAUGAAGAAUCUAUAUCUUCUUCUGAGAUCAUCAAUAAAAUUUUACAUUUUAAAAAUUAUUAUUCCUAAAUAUUCUACUAAUUCAUAUAGCAAGAUCUCAAGAUUUCUCCUUCAUUAGAAUAAUCAAUAAGACGCUAUUCAAAGUAUUUCCGCCUAACAAAUGACUACUUCUUAGAGAAUUCAAUAUAAAAUAAUGGUGUGGGAAUCUACGAAUUGUUAAAUUAUUUAUAAGAUGAUAAUCCUCUUAUACGUUACACUUCAAGAAGCUGGUUAAAUGACAAUUUAAGUUACCUUUCUCGUAUCAUAGAUCCUUUGAUUAGUGAUUUACUAGAUGAAUACAAAUAAGCUGAAUACUUUUUAACAAAUAAUAAGAAAGUAUUAUUCAAAAACGAAUAUAACUAAGAUAAAGUAUAGAAUUUAUAUAAAUAAAUUAAAUCAAUAGUUAGCAUUCUAAGAGAGAAAUUUGUUUUGUAUUGCUUCAACUAAACUAUUUCUUUUAAGAUUUAGUAGUAGAUCGCUUCUAUUAAUAAUAUGGUUUCUUAGUUUGAUAUAAAUAAAUGCAGUUACCUUGAAAUAAUUAUUUUUCUUUCACUCAAGCUGAUGUAAGGAUAAACUUCAAACUCUUUUUCUUAUUAAUUUUAAUCUAAAAAUGCAACAAUUAACGCAAACUUUUGUGAUUUCUUAGAAUCAAUUAUGAAUGAGAUAUAAGACCAAGAAAUAUUGAUGAAGUCAAUUACUUUUAUGCUUGAGAAUAUUCUAAUUUGUAUAUCUAAUUUGAUAGAUUAAAACAAUUAGGUUAUGCAAGUUUAAGUUCUCAAUUUAUUCAAUAUAAUCCUUUAAAAAAUCAAAGAUAAUAUCUCAAACCUUAAAUCAGAUGAUAAAAAGCUUAUUAGUGAAAUUUUAACUUCAUAUUUUUGUUUUCCUACCUUGCUUCUUGGAUUAAGCAGUACAAAGACAUAUUAUGUUAACUAGACUUACCUGAAAACAAUAAACAGUACUGUUUUCUACUGCUCUCAGCUUAUAUAACCAGAUAGCAAAUCACAUAGCAAUCUUAUUUCUACACUUACUAAAUAUGUUGAGUAGAUUACUAACACUUAUGUAGAUUUGAUAAAAGAUACUCAAGUCACAAACUUCUAAGAAGAAAGUUUGAAUUUGACCCAGAUUUCAAGGAUAAGAACUUCUAAUUCAAGGUCUUUAUCUAUAAGAUAAAAUUUUAAACUAAAAACUAAAAACAAUGGUAGUAUUUAGCAUUUAGAUGUUUCUGCUCUUUUCUUAUAAGAAACAACUACUUUACCAGCUUCUCAAUAAGAUCAGCUUAUCUUGUUUGAUGCAUUAAAUAAACUAAUGAACUAUUUUCUAAAGUUUAAGAAGCAAGAAGUGCAACAAAACACAGAAAGAAAAAGACUAAAGUCUUUAUUUACUAUGCAUUCACAUAAUGAAAAAAAAGAAGCCUAAACAGCAUAGUUUGGUUAAUUUUAAUAAAUUAAUAGAAAUAUCUUAGAUAAUUUACCAAGCAUAAUAGAAGCAUUUUUGCAUUGCUGGCCGUUAUCAAAUAGUUUUUAAAAUUAUUAAAAUAAAUUAACAAGCAAAGGCAUACUGCAAUACAAAUAUGAUUCCUUUGUUGAAUUUAAUCAGUAAUAUUAACAAGAGCUUAAAAAUAACAGCCUUAACUAAAAAGAUUCUUUAAGGUAAAAGAUCAUAGCUAUUAUGAAACCAAUUUUUACUUAAUUUAGUGUUGACACUAUGCAUGCACUAUUUAAGCUCUACACAAAUAAUAUUUGCAAUGAAUGGUAUAAUGAAGAAGAGUAUCCUAUCAAUUUGUAUAAAUUAAUGGAUCUCAUAAUUUCUCUUGAUAUAAACUUGGUUGAUUUUAUUAAUGUAUGCUUAAAAAGUGAUAUGGUACUACAAAUCACAAACUUUUAUAAUACUAGAAUAUCUAUUCCCAAGAAUACAUUUCCUUUCAGUAGAUAAAUAGCUAUAAACGAAAUCAACGUUCUCAGCUUCACCUAUAUAAUAUUUUCAAUCUAUCCUAUUGAUGACACGAAAAUGCCUGAUAAUUACUUACAAGAUAUUUGGAUUCCUGCAAAUAAAUUCUUUUAACAAUUCAAAAGUUCCAAGCACUCAUAAAGCUUAGUUUGGUUGGUUGAAAGUAUAUUUAUGAUGAGUCAAAAGUUUUCUCCUAAUCAAGCUAUGGUAGAUCGUACUUUUAGGAAAGAAUUAAGAAGGCUAGUUAAGGGAAUUCUUUUAACUCUUUCUUAAAUAGCUGCAAAUAAAAUAUAAUUCACUAGUGUUGUACCUACAGCUGUAAUUAAAAGUACAUCAGAUGCUGUUCGCCGCCUUUCUGAAAUUAAUGACUUUACCUUGAUAGCACCUAUGUCUCCAAUAAUAUAUUAAAUGUGCCUAGACAAGCCUGAUUUUAUGAUAUUCUAACUACCAAAAAUAGAUGAACUUAAAGACAUAGGAGAUGAGUAGUUUAUUCUUUACAAUUAGAUUAUUUGUUAUAAGGUCCUAAGUGAUUUAAGCUAUGAACUACUUUAAAAUAUUUACGCAAGUGACGAAAGAAUCACAAAGAUUACACAAAACUUUUUAUUUGAUUUAUUUAAAGCAAUAGAGAAAAAGAAAUUAGAUAAUAACUAAAUUAUUCAUGAAAUAUAUGCAUCUUAGCUUAUUAAUUCUUUACUUAAAAAUAGCGGAUAGCUAUUAGCAAAAGAGAUCAGAAAAAAUAUAAUUGAGCUUUUUAAUAGCUAAGAUUUCUUUAACUGCGACUUUUAAACUUUAAGAAAUUGGAAGGACAUUAUAGAUAGAAUUUCAGACCAAGGUGAUCUCUUUAAAGAAUUCUUGACUAAAGAUGGGUUAUUCUAAAAUUUAGUAUCAAAAAACCACGAGUAAAGUCAUAGAAUUAAAAAAUUGUUUAGAGUUUGCUUUAUAAUUUACUCAGGAAAUGUUGAUAAAUAUUCUAAAAAGUUACUCGAUAUUUUAGAAGCUUUAAAUGAAAUAAUUAUUAAUUACGAAGAUUCUCAUUAACCAAACAUCUAUAUUCUUAUCCUAUUUUGUUUUAGAAUCCUUGUACUCAGAAUGUCUAAGCAAACAUUAAAUGAUUAAUUUAGAAUAGUAUGGCCUGCUAUUUUAACAUUCUUAAUGAAAAUAUUUAAUGAUAAAAGAAAAAAAACUAAUACUAGUCUCAAUCUAGUUUUAGCAGCUAUUAAAUUCAUUGAAUUGCUAUCAAUUGUUUAAUUAGAGGAAUUUUAUUUUUAUGAGUGGAUGUUUGCUUUUGACUUUUUAGGAGUUAAAAUUGAAAAGAUAAAAGUUCCUAGCGAUGGAAUGAGUUUAAAUAUGAGUAUGAGUUGUGUUGUUACACCAUUUUAAUAUAAAUAGCCACUAGCUUGCUAUUUUGGAGAGCCUUACUAACUUGAUUAUAUAAAUUCAAUAAAUGAUAAUGAAAUAUAAACCAAUUUUGAAAAAGAUUAAAGAAAAAUCAUUGUCACAGAAUCCUGUGUUGAAAACGAAGGAGAGUUAAACUCAAAAGUUCUUUACUUAUGCUAAUAUUUAAUUGAUAUUAACCAUAAAAGAUUGAGUAUAGAUAAUGAACUACUUGAACAAGUUAUAGAAUAAGACUUUAUAGAAUUAAAUAAAAUCUUUUUUGAGAUAAAAUGA